UUAUAUUAUCAUCCCUAGUUUGUUACUCAUCUAUCGCCUUUGAACUUUUAAUUAUCACCAAGUUCUACUCUAACACAAACUCAUAGAGUACUCUUUGUAUUCAAAAUCUUUGCAAUUAGUUUUUCUGUCUCUUUGAUCCAAUGGCCGAGAGGUUGCAAUUGAUGUUCCUCCUUGCUUCAUAUUUGUUCGUCUCAGGAGUGUUGUCAGUUAGUAUCCUUACCAUAGAGAACAAGUGCAACCAAACAGUUUGGCCAGUUAUCUUCUCAUGGAAAUCACAGCUCGCAACCACAGGCUUCACUCUCCGAAGAGGUGAGGCGCGUGCCUUACAAGCGCCAUCUUCAUGGUACGGUCUUAUAUCCGGUAGGACACUUUGCUCAAACGACUCAACAGGAAACUUCACAUGCGCCACGGGAGACUGCGGCUCAAACACCAUCGAGUGUCCAGGUUCAUACGGUUGGUCUGAGGUGACUUAUAUCUUCUUUAGAAUUGACUACGACGGAACCAACAGCCACAUCAUCAGUUUGGAACACGGUUACAACCUUCCUGUAAUGGUGGCCCCGUCACAGAGUAGCCCGACAUGUUUUAGCUCGGGUUGUAUGGUUGACUUGAACAAGACAUGUCCGAAUGAUCUUAAGGUAUUUGAAGGGGCAGAACCAAUCACUUGUAGUAGCGCCUGCAAAAAAUCUGGGACAACAGAAGAUUGUUGCACAAACUACUUCAAGUCGAAGCAAAACUGCAAGCCGACAAUAUACACGCAGAACUUCGAGCAAGCUUGUCCAUACGCAUAUAGUUAUCCUUACAACGAUAAUAACAACACGUUUACAUGCCCCAACUCGACUAACUACGUUAUCACGUUUUGCCCAUCCUCCAUUCCUGACAUCCCCAGAAGCUCAAUGGCAGGAGGGAAAGAAAAUUCUCUACAGAAGUUAGGACCCAUACUCGGAGGAAUAGCAGCUGCAGCUAUGUUAAUCAUUAUUAUUGCGAUUGUGGUGGGGGUGAGAGUAAAGAAUGCGAGAAGAAAGCGUUAUUCAACGGAUGAGAACAUUGAAGCGGCAAUAAUGUUGAAACGAUAUAGUUAUGAAAACGUCAGGAACAUGACAAACUCGUUUGCUCAUGUUCUAGGCAAAGGAGGAUUUGGAACAGUUUAUAAAGGAAAAUUACCAGAUGCAAGUGGCCGAGAUAUUGCACUAAAGAUCUUGGAUGAUUCAAAGGGGAAUGGAGAAGAUUUCAUCAACGAAUUAGCUAGCAUGAGUAGAGCAUCUCAUGUUAAUAUUGUUUCUCUGUUUGGAUUCUGCUAUGAAGGGAGCAAGAGAGCUAUCAUUUAUGAGUUCAUGCCCAAUGGAUCACUUGACAAGUUUAUCUCCGAGAAUAUGUCAACAAAGAUGGACUGGAAAAUUGUGUACAACAUUGCGAUAGGCGUAGCUCGUGGGUUAGAGUACUUGCACAACAGUUGUGUAUCGAAGAUUGUGCAUUUCGAUAUAAAGCCACAAAACAUACUCAUGGAUGGAGAUUUGUGCCCGAAGAUUUCUGACUUUGGCCUUGCUAAGCUAUGCAAAAACAAAGAGAGUGUCGUAUCGUUGUUCAAUGCAAGAGGGACUAUAGGUUAUAUUGCUCCUGAAGUGUUUUCCAAGGACUAUGGUGAAGCUUCCCAUAAGUCAGAUGUGUAUAGUUAUGGAAUGGUGGUUCUUGAGAUGAUCGGGGCAAAGAACAAAAGAAGAGCUGGACCUUCUCAAAGUUCAAUGAACUUUCCAGAGUGGAUCUAUGAUGAUCUCGAGAGAAAGGAAGCAACUAGACUUGUAGGAGAUCAUAUAAUGGAAGAAGAAGAAAAGAUGAUAGUGAAGAAAAUGGCAAUGGUGGGUUUGUGGUGUAUUCAGACCAAUCCAACUCAACGUCCACGAAUUAGAGAAGUUAUAGGAAUGUUAGAGGGAAGUGUAGAAGCUCUCCAGGUACCACCUAAGCCUCUGGUUGAUUCACAUCUGGCAAUGGCUUGGGGAACUAUUAAAGACAGCCAAGAUACUUCUAGUAUCUCUACACAAAGCUUGUUAGACAGAAAGACUCUUAGGGCCGGCCAGGAUACUUUGAUCGUUUCUAGAGAAGAGGUUUAAGAUAUUGUGGAAGAUAUUUCAUAUUCCUCGUAAAACCAAAGCCAACAAGAGAAGAGUUGUAAAAGUCUUGGGGGUUUGCUUGUUGAUUUCUUAAUUUUGUUGAUAUUUAGCACUGUAUUUUGGUAUGAAGUUGUGUUAAAUUAUAUGAUCUAAAGUAAAUGUUAAGAUUAAAUUAAUAUUCGUUCAUAAUUUUAUUUUAUUGUGUUUGGUGUAACGAUGCAUGUU